AUGCCGCCACCGUUAUUUAGCAAUAGGCUUGCAUCAAUCAAAGGAAUAAGAUUACCUGGUUCAUCUUCCGGCUGGGACAUCAACAUCGUAUACUCAUCAGACACCUGUCACGGCACCAUCGCAUCCAUCACCCCGCACGAUUCUUCCGACAAUGUCGAAACUUCUCAACCUCCUCUGGUGUUGCCAGCAUUAACGCAUCCACACAUACACCUGGACAAGGCAUUUGUUCACAGUGCACCGAGAUAUGCCCACCUUCUUCCCUUGGCCGGCACCUUCCAGGAGGCACUGUCUUUUACCACGGAGGCCAAAAGUGAUUUCACGAUUCCCGAUCUUCUUACAAGAGGGGAAUGGCUCCUCGCAGAGUCCGUCUCUUCGGGAGUGACCGCGAUGAGAGCAUUUGUGGAGGUUGACCACAUUGUGCAGCUCAAGUGCUUGGACGCAGCAGUAACGCUCAAAGACCAAUGGAGCAAUGCCUGCGAAAUCCAGAUCGUAUGCUUUGCUCAAGAUCCUAUCUUCUCAAGUGAAUUCGGAGAGGAAAAUAUGCGCUUCAUCGAGAGGGCUCUUACCCUAUACCCCCAGAUCGACGUUAUCGGAACAACGCCUUACGUCGAGUCAAGCAUUGAAGCUGCAAAGAAGAACAUCAGUUGGGCAAUUGACCGGGCCAUGCAGCUUGGAAAGCACGUUGACUUUCAUCUCGACUACAAUCUUGACCCAGCCAAGGAAGCCCUGGUAUGGUACCUCUUGGGGACCCUCACACGGCGAGGCUGGACUACUCGCUCAAGCCUCAAACGUGUGAUGUUAGGGCAUUGCACACGAUUAUCUCUUUUCAAUGAAGAGGAAUGGUUGCAGAUUUCUCGUACUAUUCACGAGAAUGAUCUCCCCGUCAGUUUCGUUGGCUUGCCAACCAGCGAUCUAUACAUGGCGGCUCCUCCUCAACAAAAUGCGGAAGGGAAGCCCAGGGGUACACUGAAAGUCUCUGAGAUGAUCCGCAAGUAUAAUUUGGAUGCGGUCAUUGGUGUGAACAAUGUCGGAAACGCAUUCACUCCGUGGGGUUCUGCAGAUCCCUUGAACUUGGCUUGUCUGGGGGUCGGUAUAUACCAGGCAGGGACACAGGCUGAUGCAGACCUUCUAUAUGAAUGUGUGUCUACACGCGCUCGAGCUGCAAUUGGCCUGUCACUGUCAAAUCAGAGCUCGAUAAUGAAGAAAGGCGAUCGUCCGGAUCUGAUACUGUUUCGCGACAGAGACGAUACUGGGUGUGGAAUAUCUCGUCCGCGUACAAGCGUUGCAGAGAUUGUGUGGGACCCUCCCGCGCGUAUUACCCGAGACUUGGUAGCUCAGGGCCGAUUGAAUACCUCUAGGGGUACUCACUACGACGCAGAGCCUGUAUAUCAAUAUCUGUGA